GGAGCUGCUCCGGCGAGGGGGCGCGAUGCGUUGGCGGGCGGGGAUGACGCAGCGUGUUUGUGUUGAUAUCUAUUUGGUGUUGCGGGCUGCGGCAGCCCCCGCACGGGCCAACGCGCCCAGGGUGCCCCGCUGAAAACGGAGAUGGAAUUUCAACGAAGCAUCGAGAAGCGGCAGCAGACACAGCCCGACCGCCAGGCACCGCGUCUCAAAUUUCUCUCCCGCCGCGCUGCUCCCUCCUCCAUAAAGCACAACCAGCCUCGCUCGACACGCUCCCACGCACAUCUGCCCCCGUCCGAACGCGCUGCUACCCCGCCUCACCGCCGAUAAACAUGUCUGUUGUGGGUGUUGACCUGGGCACGCUCAACACCGUCAUCGCCGUUGCGCGGAACCGCGGCGUCGACGUGAUCACCAAUGAAGUCUCCAACCGCGCCACGCCGUCCCUGGUAGGCUUCGGCCCCAAGAGCAGGUACGUUGGCGAGGCCGCGAAGAACCAAGAAGUCUCCAACCUCAAGAACACCGUCUCGUCCUUCAACCGCCUCGCCGGCCGCUCGCUCAACGACCCCGAUGUGCAGAUCGAGAAGGACUUCGUGUCGGCGCCGCUGGUCGAUAUCAACGGCCAGGUCGGCGCCGAGGUCACAUACCUGGGCAAGAAGGAAAAGUUCACCGCCACGCAGAUCGUCGCCAUGUUCCUCACCAAGAUCAAGGCCACCGCCUCCGCCGAGCUCAAGCUGCCCGUCUCCGACGUCGUCAUGAGCUGUCCCGUGUGGUACACCGACGCCCAGCGCAGAGCAAUCCUAGACGCGGCUGAGAUUGCAGGCCUCAAGUGCCUGAGGUUAAUCAAUGACACCACCGCUACCGCGCUCGGAUACGGCAUCACCAAGCUCGACCUACCCGGCCCCGAGGAGAAGCCGAGGAGAGUCGUCUUCGUCGACAUUGGCCACAGCAACUACACUGCUUCAGUCGUCGAAUUUAAGAAAGGCGAACUGGCCGUCAAGUCAACCGCAUGGGACCGACACUUCGGCGGACGAUACAUUGACAAGGCCCUGGUCGACCACUUUGCUAAGGAGUUCAAGGAGAAGUACAAGAUCGACAUCAACGAGAAUGCAAAGGCGCGCUUCCGAGUCGUGGCGGGCGUGGAGAAGAUCAAGAAGAUCCUCUCCGCAAACACCAUGGCCCCGCUCAACAUUGAGUCUGUCAUGAACGACAUCGACGUCCGGGGUAUGCUCAAGCGCGAGGAGCUGGAGGAGCUCAUCAAGCCCAUGCUUGACCGCACCACCGGCCCCAUUGAGCAAGCCCUGGCCGACGCGAAGCUCAAACCCGAAGACAUUGACACCAUCGAGCUGACUGGUGGCUGCACGCGUGUACCGGCGCUGAAGUCUGCCAUACAGAACUUCUUCGGCAAGCAGCUGUCCUUCACUCUCAACCAGGACGAGGCCGUUGCGCGUGGAUGCGCCUUCAGCUGCGCCAUUCUGUCACCAGUCUUCCGCGUCCGAGAUUUCUCCGUCCACGACAUGGUUAGCUACCCGAUCGAGUUUACUUGGGAAAAGUCCGAGGACAUCCCCGACGAGGACACUAGCUUGACCGUCUUCAACAAGGGCAACGUCAUGCCUUCCACUAAGAUACUAACAUUCUACCGCAAGCACCCCUUCGAUCUCGAGGCGAAAUACGCUAAGCCCGAAAUGUUACCCGGCAAGACCAACCCUUGGAUCGGACGCUUCUCCGUCAAAGGCGUCAAGGAAGACGGGAAAGGAGAUUUCAUGAUCUGCAAGCUCAAGGCGCGCCUCAAUGUCCACGGAGUGCUCAACGUCGAAUCCGGAUACUACGUGGAGGAGACCGAGGUCGAGGAGCCCAUUCCCGAGCCUCCGAAAGAAGACAAGAAGGAUGGUGACGCGAUGGACGUUGACUCGAAAGAACCUAAAGAACCUCCGAAGAUGCGCAAAGUCAAGAAACAGCAGAGGAAAGGUGACCUGCCCCUGUCAGCAGGUACCGCAAGCUUGGACCAGUCUACCAAGGAUGCACUCAUGGAGAAGGAGAACCAGAUGAUCAUGGAGGACAAGCUGGUCGCAGACACCGAGCACCAGAAGAACGAGCUCGAGUCGUUCAUCUAUGAGCUCAAGGACAAGAUCAUUGGCGUCUACGCCGAGUUUGCGAGCGACGACGAGAAGUCCAAGCUCUCGGCGAAGCUGGACGCGAUCGAGGAUUGGCUUUACGAUGAGGGCGAGGAUGCUACCAAAGCCCAGUACGUCGCUAAGAUGGACGACAUCCGAUCAAUCGCGGGUCCUAUCAUCCAGCGCUACAACGACAAGAUCGAAGAGGAGCGACAAGCCGUCCUCAAGAAGCAGCAAGAAGCCGCUGCCGCGAAGCAGGCCGAGAUCGAGCGCAGGAAGCGGGAAGAGGAGGCUAAGAAACAGGCUGAGGCGCCCGCAGAGUCCAAGGACGCCGAGAUGACGGAUGCAGAGACGACGAAGCCGGAUGAGGUGGAGGAGCCCUCAUCUUAGAGGAAUGACGUCAGAUGAGACAUGAUGGGUCCGGCCUGUUCUGAGUAGACGGGUUCAUGUAAAAGCAUUGGAGUGAGCGAAUGGAAUUUGGAUGGAUGGAGUAAUUACUCAUCUUUUUCUUGCAAUGCGAUGAUGGUAAUGCACUGCUUACGAUAGACUAGUCCAUAGAUGAACGAACAUGAAAACGGAUCGACUGUUCACU